AGCCCCAGUCCUACGGGAUGUGCUGCUGCUGGCGGGCAGGGAAGGGGAAGGAAAGGAUGUGGAGGAUGUGAAGAGUUUCCUCUGCCAAUUAACUCAAGCCUGUCGUUGCCUCUUUGUGUAUUCUGGAUAAUUAAUGGCCCUUUCACCAUCAGAAUGUGGGGUUGGGGUAAAUGACAGAUGCCAGCUGGCCAUGCAGCUCUGGGUGCACUGCAUUAACAUGAACAUGACUGCCUUCACCGGCCGGUUUCGCUCUGCCGGGGAGGAGGGGGGGGAGCACAUGCAAGGGAUGGGCUCUCAUCCCAUCACACCGACCCACAGCCACGAGAGCGUGGGGACAGGAGGGGAUGCGGCCCGGUCCAGCCUGGCUGUGGUGCUCUGGUCCCAUGACUGCUGUCAUUAAAAUCCGGUCAGUUUCCUUGGGAGAGCAAAGGCAGUCGGGGCAGCCGCGCCGAGGGUCGCAGCCGGACCCGCGUCCCCCCAAAGCGCUGCUGCCAGCCCUCCCCUCCCCUCCCGUUGUGUACUGGGGCUAAUUGGUGCAGGGUGCCCAUCUUUGCACCUUGUUAGCACGGCAAUUAGCUCUCUUUACCCUCCUGAUCGCCCAUGUGCAUAUUUGACUCCAAUCCAUCUUUCCAGCGAGUUAUAAAUGCGGCGCUGGGUUUUGCAGAGGGGAGUGAAGCCGGGGCCGGGACAGCGGAGCCAUGCUGGGCGCCGUGCUGCUGCUGCUGGCCUUGGCACGGCCGGCAUCCACGGAAAGCCGCAGGGCUGAGGCUCUCAAAAAGCUGCUGGAAGUUUUUGGCAUGGAGGACCCCCCGCCCCCCCCGGCCCACGUCAAACAGCCGCCGCAGUUCAUGGUGGAUCUGUUCAACGCGGUUGCCAACGCCGACGGCGUCACCAAAAACCCCGACGUCCUGGAGGGCAACACGGUGCGCAGCUUCCUGGAUAGAACUCAAGGUGAGAAGAUGAGGUUCCUCUUUGUCCUCUCCAGCGUGGCCAAGAAUGAGAAGAUCCUGACGGCGGAGCUGCACCUCUUCCGUCUGUGGCCGAGAGCCGCCGAGGGGCCCAGGAGGCAUCACUUCUGCCAGGUCAGCGUGUACCAAAUUCUGGAUAAGACUGAGCCAGACUCCCCCAAAGGACAGAAGCUGCUGGCAAGCAGGCUGCUCUCACUGCAGGGCUCGGGCUGGGAGGUCUUUGCCAUCACGCAGGCUGUUCGGGAUUGGACCCAAGACGAGAGUAGCAACCGAGGUUUGCUGGUGACAGUCCACGGCCUGGGUGGGAGCACACUCGAAGCCCCCGCUGUACAGUUUGCAUCCAGCGGGGACCACCAUGAGAGCAAGAAGCCCAUGCUGGUCCUGUUCACAGAUGAUGGGCGCCGAGGAGCAUCCCUGCCCAUGGCCGGAGUCCCAGCCUCACAGCCUCGGGAUUUCCCUGCCAAGCUGACCGGCCCGCGCAGCACACGCUCUCUGGACCGCCUGCAGCCGUGCCAGAGGCACCCCCUGUCUGUGGACUUUGAGGAGAUCGGCUGGUCUGGGUGGAUCAUCUCCCCCCGGGGUUACAACGCCUACCACUGCAGAGGCUCCUGCCCCUUCCCCCUGGGUGAGAACAUGAGGCCGACCAACCAUGCCACCGUGCAGUCCAUCAUCAACGCCCUGAAGCUGAGCGAGGGCGUCAGCAGCCCCUGCUGCGUGCCUGACAAGCUCUACUCCAUCAACCUCCUUUACUUUGAUGACGAUGAGAACGUGGUCCUCAAGCAGUACGAUGACAUGGUGGCCGGGAGCUGCGGCUGUCACUGAUGCAGAGAUUCCCCCCCACUAUUGCAGAGCAGCUCUGCAGGGUUGGACUCGGGGCUGAUUCUGUGCGGGGCGUGCGGGUUUUCCCACCUGUAGUGGCUGUACCAUAUGUAUAUAGUGAGAGCACUAAUAUAUGACUGAAAUCAGUGUCCUGUAAAUGUCUGUACAUUGCUGCGUUUUGUAAAGUGAACUCAGAGGAACUAU